CAAAUACUUCUCUCUCCUGAAUCCUGAUCUCUCUCAUAACCAACAGCAGGAAGAACGCAAGCUAGCUGGUGCAACACUGCAGUAAGCAGCUCUAGGCCUCUACUAGAACUGGUCUAGUGUCAUGAGGCCAGGAGCAGAGUUCCCCAUGAGCCACGGCGCGCCGACGGCGGCGCCGGCGAACGCGACGGCGCCGCACUCCCCGUGGCAGUCGCCGGUGCCGUACCUCUUCGGCGGGCUGGCGGCGAUGCUGGGGCUCAUCGCCUUCGCGCUGCUCAUCCUGGCCUGCUCCUACCGGAAGCUGUCCGGGUACCUCGACGCCGGCUCGGGCGCCGACGGGGAGAAGGGCUCGGCGGCCUGCGCGGCCAAUACGGCAGCGGGGGUCCAGGAGCACGUGGUGAUCAUCAUGGCCGGCGACGAGAGGCCCACGUUCCUCGCCACGCCGGCGGCCAGCCGGGCCGUCGCGGAGGUGGAGCUCGGAGCCGCGCCGGAGGCGUGCUCCUACGGCUCGUGGGGAGAGGAGAAGAAGGUGGAGGUCGACGGAGGCUGCGAGGCGGUCAGCUCGCAGCCGCGCCUCGGAGUCGACGCCGGCGCCUCGAGCCGGAGCCAUGAAAGCAGCAGUAGCAGUACGACAGCGCUAUGGAAAUGGAAAUAUGCUCAGCAGCAUCGUGCAUACUUUGCCAAUGCCUGAAGAUUGGGAGAUUGCAGCAACUUGUAAAGCUGAAGCAGCUGCUUCAAAAACGAUUCUAAUGGAUGGAUGUGCAGCCACCAGGGCAACAGUUUUGGGCACUGUUUAGAACACAUGAACGGGUACAUAUCCGGUGAAAAUGGUCAAAUCUUAGGAAUUCUCAUAGAAAAUAAUUCGAUUCUCGUAGCAACAAUAAAAAAAUGGCUCUAAUGGAUACAUGUGUUAC